AUGCUCAGGGUAGACGACUGUGUGGUGUUGAGACGAGUAUCCAUGGGUGGUGGUGAAGAAAAUCCAGAGCCACCAACUGAAGUAGGAUGUCGUCGGACGAGCAAUGUACUUAAAAACGAACUUUUGUUACAUGAAGCUGUUAUAAAAAAUGACCCAGAUGCCGUAAAAAGAGUAAUCAAAGAGCCAUUAGAUGUGAACUCCCGAAAUAAUUAUGGCAGAGCUCCUAUUCACUGGGCAUCUUCAAGAGGAAAUACUGAAAUUAUGGAGAUGCUAAUAAAUGCGAAGUGUGAUAUUGAAGCCAAAGAUAAAUACGGGAUGCGUCCGAUAUUAAUGGCUGCAUGGCAUGGCCACACGGAUGCUGUCCAGAUGCUUAUCAACUACGGAGCGAGUGUGAAUACAAUAAAUAAGAAACAAUACACUCUGCUUAUGUGCGCGGCGAGAAACAACCGUCUGUCGGUCGUCAACUUCCUGUUGGACACCAUCGAGGACGUCGGACUGGACGCGUUCGACACGGACCAUCAGACGGCACUGCAUCAUGCGGCGAUCGCAGGACACACGCACGUGGUCCGGAGGCUAGUGCACGCCGGAGCCAACACGAGCACCACGAACAAGCAAGGGCGAACACCACUGCAUUCCGCUUGCGAAAAGGGCCACGUCGACGUGGUCGACUUUUUACUCGGGCACGGUGCAGACAUGCUGGCGAAGGACGAAGAACAGAACAGCCCGCUGCACGUGGCUGUCGAAAACAAACAAACGCUCGUUGUGCAAAUGUUAUUGGAAGCUGGAAAUCCGACGAACUUGGAAAAUAGCAAAGGACUGACUGCGUUACACAUAGCCAGCAGCCACGGAUGUCGGGGAAUAGUGGAAAUGCUAUUAUCAGCUGAUUGUGAUAUCGACAGACAAAGCAAAAAUGGAAACACGCCUUUGCACAUGGCAUGUUUGUCCAACAACGUUGUGAUCGCGGAAAUACUGAUCGCCAAGGGUGCCGAUCUCAAUGCCUUAAACACGAGGUUGCAGUCGCCGAUUCACAUAGCGGCUGAACAGGGAUAUUCGGAAAUCUGUAAGUUACUUUUGAGUGCCGGGGCCAACAUCGAACAACGCGAACAGGGAGGCAAAACGCCGUUAUACAUAGCAGCUAGAGGAAGUUUCACCGCUAUCGUGGACAUGAUUAUAAAAACCGCUCGUUUAGAGUACACACCCAAGAAACGAACUAGACCAAAAACGCCCGAAGAACGGAGGAAAUGGAAGUGCAAUCCGGACUUGGACGUUUCGAUAGCGCUGCAAGAGACUGACGAAAAUCUAGAAAUUAUACUGCGAAAAUUGUCCCACAAACAGCUGAGUCCCGGCGAAUGGAAAAAAUUGGCUCAUUUGUGGGCGUUCACGGACGAACAGAUCAAAGCGAUCGAACACCAGUACAUAGGUCCGUCCAGUUACAAACAACAUGGUUAUAGAGUGUUGAGAAUUUGGGUCGACAGUCUGGGCCCCGAUCUCGACCCCAUAGAAGAACUCAUCGAUAGUCUCAAUACGAUCGAAAAGAAUACGCUAGCAGAUGCAAUAUGCAAGAAGUUAAUGCGGCAGAAGGAAAAAAGUGAGAAAAAACCCGACGACAAAACCUGUGUCGUUUCUUGA